AUGUCACACCCCGAACUCGACGGCUACGACAAAGUAGCCUCAGCAAUGGCCCUAGAAUUCGGCUCUGCUAUAUUCCGCCGCUUUACCAAACUCAACCUCACCUAUCUACUCUACCUCCAAGGCGAGCUGACCUACAUCGAACGAGACCUAAAAGCUAUAAUCAAAGAAUCGAAAAAAUCAGAAUGUCCGGAGAAAUGGAGCUAUUUCUUUUCUGUAGCUGCGAUGAAGAAUUCGGAGUACUCGGCGCAAUGGGAGAAGGUGCUUGAGGGGAGGAGGUUGUUGAGGGAGUAUAACAGCACACUCCUCCAACUAUCCCAAAUGACACAAUUCAACAAACCCCCCAAAACCGACCUCGAGAUCUUUCGCGAAUUCCUCGAUCGAGAAGAACACGCCAAAGGUACGAUGAUCGAUCCGAUAGAUCAAUGGGGGGAAGACAACGAAGACGGUUUGAUCUGCGUGGGUAGUCCCCACGAUACAUCGGAUCGGUUCACCCGAUGGGUGAAUACGACUUUCGUUUCGUGGUUUCAUGAUAGGUGGGGGGUUAGGGAUAGUCAACGCCAAGACCUCGAAGCCGGCCUAUACAUCUACAACCACCAACGGAUAAAAUCCCACACCUACCUGAUCAGUCUAAUCAUCUUGGGAUUGUUACCCGCGACGUCGAUGAUCGUGUUAUAUUUUCUCACCAACACGGCGGCAAAAUUGGUCACUAUAUUUGUGUAUAAUAUGCUGUUUGUGAUGGUUAUGGGGUUGAUGUCUAAGGCGGGUCGGGUGGAGAUUUUUGCGGCUGCUACGGCGUUUGCUUCGGUGCAGGUUGCUAUGAUUACGACGGGGAAUUUGAAGUCGUGA